UGCUGCAGUGAAUAUUUUUUUGAACUAUUUAUUUAUAUAGUUUUUAUUAAUAUUACUUAUUUUAUUCAUAUAGUGUCGGUUCUAAGAUGGAUACUCCACAAGAGGAUAUUUGUAGUAAUAUCGAACCACCAUACAUAAAAGAAACGAAGAAGAAAUAUUUUCUUACGGAAAGUGGGAGUUUUCCCCGGGACAAAUAUAGCUUUUUCGUAUUCGUAUUUCUUUUCCUCGGAAUUUCGCAGUUUUUGUCGUACACUUUCUAUUCGGCUGCCAAUAACUAUUGGUUGUACAAAUUCAGAAAUACGUCGAUCGCGAAUUACUCGUCUGAUGACAGAACCGGACUCCAAGUUUAUUACAGUACGGCCAAUAUAAUAGCUGGCGCGGGUUCUGUGUUGGUAUUUAAUCUGCUCAACAUUCUUUUUGGUCAACGGUUUCCGUUUUUAGUCAGGAUAAGGGGAGCUCUACUUAUGCUUACCGCAAAUUUUUUAAUUAUGCAAAUCUUUACAAAAAUAAACACUGAUUCCUUCCAAUUACUGUUCUUCGUCGUUUCCAUGGCCUGUUAUGCGAUGAUUAUGUCUUCGCAAACUGUGUACACUACAGCAAGUAUGAUGCUCUUCGUAUGCUUCCCCACAAAGUAUAUGUACGUGUUUUUGUUUGGGCAAAAUGCUGCUGGCAUUUUGAAUGGACUUGUGCAAAUUGUGUCAGUUAGCGUGGUGGAUUCUAUAGAAAAUUCGGCGUUCAUCUAUUUUACGAUUGGCACCAUUGUAAUAGUUCUCAGUUUGACCAUUAUAACUUUAGCAUCUAAAACUGCUUUUUUCCACCACUACUUGGAAAAAGCUAAGCAGCGACCGCAGCGGAAAAUGACAGACGUUUCCAAACAAACAUUUGUACGAAUAAUUCGGGCCCUCGCACCGAAUCUACUUUUAUUUUUUAUUUUGAACUUGGGACAUUCGGCGGUCAAUUGCGUUACGCCUCUUGCAGUGUCGCAAAACGAGGAUUCGGUAUGGGGAAGGACAUAUUUUUAUCCCGUAGUCGGUUUUCUUCUCGCGGAUGUAAUGGGGCUGAUCGGAAAGAUUAUAUCAUCGAGUCAAAAGUUGAGAGUCCCGUAUAGGGUUCUCACUCCCUUAAUUAUAAUUGCACCAAUCGUUUUUGCUAUUUUAAUCUGGACCUGCAAUAUAAAGCCUAAAAGUAAUUUUCCGGUUUGGUUCGGUAUGGAUUAUCAAUAUGCAUUUAUUUGGGGUACCCACAACUUGAUUCAUGGAUAUUCUCAGAACAAUAUAAUCAUUAAAAAUGUCGAAAUGAUUAAGCGAGACUUGCAAGCUGAUAUGGAGCUUGCCUUUAAUUUAUUCAUGUUGGGUUCCACUAUAGCCGGAUUCGUGUCUGCACCGGUUGGACUGUUAGCUUUAAAUUUUAUUUAGUUUUAGAGCCUAAAAUGUAAAUAAUUAGCGGAAGUGUUAAUUAUUUAAUAUCAAAUGGCUUAAGUACACUUAAGAAUUUUGUAUAUAAUUGUAACAGAAUCCCGAAUAUUUAUUUUCUAAAUAUGCAUUUUAUAAAAAAUAAAUCACGGAUCAAAUCAUAGUUCGUUAAGUCCAUGAUGUAAGUUUG